AUGAAGAUUGAAUUUGCUCCCCGCUCGAUCCCUUUCGAGAGGAGACUCCAGACUGCUUCAGUCCUCCAGUGGGUCUUCAGUUUCUUGGGUCUAGCACAGUGUUGCAUCGUGAUCUUUGUCGGACUCCUCUUCACCCGCUUCUGGCUGAUCAGUGCCCUUUAUGCUGCCUGGUGGGCCUAUGACUGGGAGACACCGAACAGAGGUGGAAGGCGAGUCCAAUGCAUAAGGAACUGCAUCGUCUGGAGAUACAUGAAGGACUAUUUCCCCAUCACACUGGUGAAGACAGUAGAGCUGGAUCCUGCGAAGAACUACAUCUUUGGCUUCCAUCCCCAUGGGAUCCUGGUGGCUGGCGCAUUUCUUAAUUUCUGCACAGAGGCAACAGGGUUUUCCAAGAUCUUCCCAGGACUGACCCCUUAUAUGAUGAUGCUAAACGUCUGGUUCAGAGUCCCUUUCUUUCGCGACUAUUUGAUGAGUGGAGGUUUAAUCCCAUCGGACAAGGAAACGGCAUCGUACAUUCUACGGAAGCCAGGAGGUGGGAACGUCCUCAUCAUCGCUGUAGGAGGAGCACAAGAAGCUCUGGACGCCCGCCCAGGGGCUUUUACGCUGCUGCUGGCAAACCGGAAGGGGUUUGUUCGGCUGGCCAUAAAGAAUGGAACCCCACUUGUCCCUGUAUUUUCCUUUGGAGAGAAUGAGGUGUUUGAUCAAGUUGAAAACCCCAAAGGUGGCUGGCUGAGGCGGAUGCAAGACCGCUUGCAAAAGAUCAUGGGAAUCUCCCUUCCUCUCUUCCAUGCCAGGGGGAUCUUCCAGUACAGUAUUGGGUUCAUUCCAUAUCGGCGACCAAUCUACACUGUGGUUGGAAAACCCAUUAAUGUUGAGAAAAACAACAACCCCAGCGACGAAGAGGUGGACACGUUACACAAAAAGUACGUGGAAGAGCUGUGCAAGCUGUUUGAAGAGCACAAGCUGAAGUACAAUGUUCCAGAGGACAAGCAUCUUUCUUUCAUUUGA